AUGGAUAGAUUCAUUGAAGAACAAUUUGAUGAGUUUCGAAGCAAAGUGGCCUGUGAAAAUGAACGGAUUCAACUCAAGUGCAAUCCAAAUUCGAGGGUAGCUGUGUAUAGCGCGAGUUAUGGAAGGACCCAAUACGAAAGCAUCCAAUGCCCUCAACCUCAAGGGGUCCCGGAAGAAACUUGCCUAGCCAGCUACGCCACAGAAACUGUUAUGCAACUUUGCCAUGGCAAAAGAAACUGUGACCUCGCAGCCGAUAUAGGCACUUUUGGCAGCCCUUGCAAGCCCCAGUCUCGCAUGUAUCUAAAAGUAGUUUACACUUGCGUGCCAAGACGAGUACUCAAAGACCAAUAUGAAGGGCCACUUGAAACUGAUGAGUCAGAUUACGAUCCUAAUGAAGGAUAUGAGGAAUUCGAUAAUUACGAUACUGUGAACGAACAUAUUCGAGAAUCUGCAGCAUCUCCGCCAGUUUCAAAGCUAGACAACGCCUCGAAAAAUAAUUUUACAAGAGAUCCUGAAGACGUGCCUACUCCCAGAGAUAAUUCCUAUGCUUUGGGAUUUGUCUCUGUACGUCCGGCACCUAUGGGUACGAUUGCCCAAGUAGUCAGAUAUCCAGAAUAUCCUGACUAUCCACAGAUGCAUUCUCAUUCGCACACUUUCCGCGGAUCACCGAGUGGAAUUUUAGAAUCAGAAAUCGUAACUACUCGACCUGUUAGAGAUGCCAGCACGAGCCAGUACUACUAUGGAUGA